UUCAAGUUAUAAAGCUUGUGAUUCGCUAAAAUGUUAUCGUUAUCGGAAAUGUAAAGUCCAUUUUAUAUACACUAAAGUGCCAGCUGGCAAACCAUAAUGCGAGGCUAAGAUGGGGGUAAGCCAGUCCAAAGCAGAAGAGCCUAAGGAAGAUCCACCGAGGCAAGCACCUGUUGUUAGACCAAGAAGUGUGUCCAGACCUCUUGAUAGGCCAGACACGGCAAGACUUGAUUUUCGACAUACGACAUCAGGAUCGUUUGAUGGGGCGGUAGGUGGGAAAACAUUGAAGAAGAUAGAGAAAGAUGACGAUGCGAGCUCACUUCACAGUGUCUUGACACUGGGGGAAACUGAUGGGGCAGUGGGCGGGAGAACGAUGAAGACAGAGGAAGAAAAGAAUAUCGCGCGCUUCCUACAUAGUCGGUCCUCGCCAGAUUUAUCUUACGGUCGUCGAAACGUUACUGGAUAUGCAAGUCGCCUUACACAGAGUUUGGCUUUAGAUGACGACAAAAGAGCUGGACGUCUAUUGGAACGCCGCCGAAAGGCUAGACUUUCUUCAGAAGCUAAACUUACCAAGCAAAUAGUUUACAAAUCAAAGAAAGAAUCGACCCUUGUCUGCGCUGCCAUUGAUUUUGGAACCUCUAACACCGGCUACGCGUACUCGUUUAGGGCAAAGCCGAAGGAGAUCAUUACCAACUAUUGGUACGGACAUGAAAUUAAGACUCCUACAGUGGUCCUACUACAUCCAGACAAAUCACUUUACUCAUUUGGGAAGGAGGCUAGGGACAAGUACGAAGCAUUGAUGAAAACAAAGUCCCACGAACAAUGGUACCUGUUCGAACGGUUCAAGAUGAAGCUAUACACCAAAGAAGGGCCGCUCGAUAAGGACAUUGAAAUUGAAGACAUCCUUGGUAAACGUAUGAAGGCGAUCGAUAUCUUCACGAUGGCGAUUAGAUAUAUAAAGGAUCACUUAAUGAAGGAGUUGUCGGAUAGCGAUCGGAUGAAGGAGGUCAACAUCAAAAGCGAGUCUGACAUCCACUGGUUGCUCACGGUCCCCGCCAUCUGGAAUGACCUCUCCAAGCGCUUUAUGAGAACGGCUGCAAACAAUGCCGGCAUUCCGGAUGAGAUGUUGAGCCUGGCACUUGAACCAGAAGCCGCAUCAGUGUUUUGUAAGGAGGAGUUGGGAUUGAAGAUCGUUCCUGUUGGUUGUCGCUACAUUGUUCUUGACCUAGGUGGUGGCACAGGAGAUAUAACGGUGCAUGAGGUAAACCCGGAUGAAAGGUUGAAAGAGCUUCACCAGCCAACUGGUGGAGAUUUUGGAGGCACCAAUGUUGACAACAAGUUCAAACUAAUACUGGUAAGACUCUUUGGAGCAGAGGUUGUCAGCAAGUUUAAGUACAACCAUAUGCAGGAAUACUGGGAACUGAUGACUGAUUUUGAAAUAAAGAAAAAGAAGUUUGACGGAACCGGAAGAAUGAUUUUAAAGUUCCCGACUCGUUUGCUAGAGUUGUAUGAAGACGAAGUUGGCUUUAAACUUGAAGCAAGCUUGCAGCAAACAGUGUUCGAAGGUAAAAUUGAAUUCAAACUCGGGAAAAUGUUCAUUACAGAGGCACAGGCCAAAGAGCUUUUUCAGGAAGCUGCAACCAAAGUCCGCGAAUUCACGCAAGACAUUUUGGACAAAGUUGAGAAUAUAAGUCACAUUAUUAUGGUCGGUGGAUUUUCAGAAUCACCUUAUCUACAAAGUGAAAUGAGAAAUAAUUUUGAUAACUUGAUUGUUCUCCCCGAGGAACCUUCUGGAGCAGUGCUGAAAGGUGCUGUCCUUUACGGACAAGAUUCCGGACAAAUAUCUGCUCGCGUAUGCAAAAAAACAUACGGCAUUGCUCGGAUGAUGAAGUUCAAGCCGGAUCAUCCACUACACAAGAAGAUUACAAUCGGCAACAGGGACUAUUGUGAUGACCUCUUUAAUAAGCACAUAGAAAUCGGGACGAAGGUAAGUAUUGAUAGCGAAAAUGACGCGAAAGAACAUGAAUAUUUUCCACCCACUGGUCACAUGAAGCAAGCGGUGUUGGAAGUUUAUGCAAGUUCAAAGCGAGAUCCCAAAUUUGUUGACGAAGAUGAUUGUGAAUUUGUUGGCUUGAUUAAGAUUGAUAUUGACCCGCAGGGCGAUAUUUGGUCGAAAAUUAUGGUGAAAAUGCUCUUUGGUGGUACUGAACUAAGAAUCAAAGUGCGAGAUGUUAAACAAGGUCAUGUAACUACUGCGGCUGUUGACUUUCUUGGUUGAAGUGGCCCUGACUGGCUUGAUCCGAAUAAAUGCAUUAACAUUUGCUACACGUAUAGUUUGCUGUGGUAUGUAUUUGUCUUUGUAUUGAAUAAAACAUUUUUGGCAUAAUUUGCCCAAAUCAAUUUAUAAUUAUACACAGUAUUUGAAUAAAAAAUGUUUCAUAUCAUGGCUAACGUACUUUA